GAGAUACAGCAUAGAAUGGCUCUUAAUCUUGCAGAAAAUAUUUGUGUCCCUAAUGGCAACUCAAUGAAGAAACCUGAAAAUGAAUCAGGUAAAUUGCAGUUCAGGUGUUACGUUGUUGCAUCGUGUUUAUCGAGUCGUCGUCACAUAAUAGCACGUACAGCUGCUUCAUUGUUGGCUGUUGCGACCUUCAACUGUGUUUUAACUCCAAUAUUACCAGUACGGGCUGAAUCAGAUGACCGAAAGGAAGAGGAUGAUGGAGUUGUAGGGGCUAUCAAGUCAUUGUUGGAUCCUAAUGAGAAAACGAAGUCCGGAAAAGUGUUACCAAAGGCCUAUGUAAAGUCAGUUCGAGAAGUAGUGAAGACACUCCGUGAAUCGCUGCAGGAGGAUCCCAAGGAUGUCGCAAAGUUUAGACGAACAGCAGAUUCCGCAAAAGAGUCGAUCCGAGAGUAUUUGAGUAAUUGGAGGGGACAAGAGAAGGUGGUUCGCGAGGAAUCAUAUAUCGAGCUCGAAAAGGCGAUCAGGUCUUUGGCCAGUUUCUACUCCAAGGCAGGGCCCUCUGCUCCAUUACCGGAAGACAUUAAGAAUGAAAUAUUGAAUGAUUUGAACACAACUGAAGAAUGUUUGUAGCAUGGUGGAGAUGAUCGGUUGCAUAUACCGUGAGGCAUAACAAUGA